CGCGCAAAACAAGACAAAUCGUGUUUUGUUUAAGUGAUAAACUUAAAAAUUCGUUUCAAAUAUUUUCCGCUUAUUUUUUUCAUUAAAAUUGUUUCGUUGGCGAAAACAUGGCACAACAGAAAGAAAAAAUUACGAAACAAAGUAGAGAACAAGCCACUUCUUCAGCGGUUACUACAGAACUAGAAGAAGAUUGCUAUGGGCCGAUACUAAUCGGAAAAUUAGAGGUAAAUGGCAUCACAGCACAGGACAUCAAAAAGCUAGCUGAGGCCGGAUUUCACACCGUUGAAGCAGUUGCGUUUGCUCCUAAGAAGCAACUGUUGGCAAUUAAAGGUAUUUCCGAAGCGAAGGCUGAUAAAAUUCUAAUGGAAGCAACGAAGUUAGUUCCGAUGGGCUUCACAACGGCCACUGACUUUCACCAGAAACGUUCAGAAAUAAUACAGUUGACUACUGGUUCUAAGGAGUUGGAUAAACUACUGGGUGGAGGCAUAGAAACAGGAAGCAUCACGGAACUAUUUGGAGAGUUUCGAACUGGUAAGACGCAACUUUGCCAUACGUUAGCAGUUACUUGUCAGUUACCCGUGAGUCAAAACGGUGGCGAAGGAAAAUGUCUUUAUAUUGACACCGAAGGUACGUUUCGACCCGAAAGAUUACUAGCGGUUGCAGAACGAUAUAAGUUAGUAGGAGCGGAUGUAUUGGACAAUGUUGCAUAUGCUAGGGCGUACAAUUCUGACCAUCAAAUGCAACUGCUAGUGCAAGCGUCAGCAAUGAUGGCCGAGUCCCGAUACGCUUUACUGAUAGUAGAUAGUGCAACGGCAUUGUUUCGCACGGAUUACAGUGGGCGUGGUGAAUUGAAUGCGCGUCAGGUCAGCCUUGGUAAAUUUUUACGAAUGUUGCUGCGGUUGGCUGACGAAUUCGGGGUAGCUGUAAUAAUUACGAAUCAAGUGGUGGCCCAGGUUGAUGCCUCAGCAAUGUUCAAUCCAGAUCCGAAAAAACCGAUUGGUGGACACAUUAUAGCACAUGCCUCAACAACUCGGCUGUAUCUAAGGAAAGGUCGGGGAGACACUCGUGUGUGUAAAAUCUACGAUUCGCCUUGUUUACCAGAGAGUGAGGCCAUGUAUGCCAUCAAUGCGGAUGGCAUUGGUGAUGUUAAAGAGUAAUUUAUCGUUAAGGUUAGUUUGUUGAAGCUUCACAUAUUCUAAUAGUUGCUAGUCCUUAUGUCGAGGAUAUUUUUUCAUUGAAUGGGAAUCUUUGGGAGAUCUUUUUUUUCGAAGGUGUAUCCCAGAUUGUUAGUAGGUAAUAAUGACACUUACGCGGACGGUUAUUGGAGUUUUUUUUUGCAUUUCUAAUCGAAAUGAACCUCACGACAUUUAUAGUUAUUGAUUUUACCUAUCAUAGUAGAGUACUUUGUCUUAGAUAAAAAAAAUAGUAGAGUACUUUAUAUCAAUAAAUAUGCAAGUAACGAUAAUUACGAAGUCCUUUUUGAAA